AUGCCAGAUACGGCAAGAGCAAGAGCGACGUUGUCGCACGAUGAUGCGUCUCGCUUGUAUGCUUGGGACGAAAAAAGCGCCAAAGUUUCUGCAGGCCGCCAGCGCCGGGCGAUGAUGCAUGGCUCGCCGCGCAUCACAUCACAGGGUCGUCGAGUCGCACGUGGGCUGGAGGGAGGCUCUUCUGUGUUCGCGGCUGAAGAGGAAGGAUGUAUCGUACAGAUUGACAGCGCAUGCAGUAUCGAAUCCCGCGUGGGAUGUUGGAUGACUGAACUUGCUAUCAGAGUUAUGUGUGAGAGCGCGGCAGUUUCGAUGUUGGUGGAGAGGGAAUCUGGAUGGUGA